AAGAGGCAGAGACUCACACUCUUGAAUGAGUGUGAGGUACUGCCAGGCAAAGCUGUUUUAGGAGGAGGUGGUGGAGUGUCUGAGAAAGCAGAUACCAGAUAAUGAGUCAGUGUUAGAAAGACGGGACAGAAAGACAUGAGGCUACACAUCCGAAAGCCGCUCUUCUCUCUGGUCACCAUCUUCCUCCUGGGGAGUCUGCUGACCAGUGUUACCUGGUACAAGUUCCACAGCCAUGAUUCGUGGCACCAUCAAAAAAAGGAAGUGGAACAGAAAACUGGCACCGAAGACUCUGCGAGACACAAGGCUCCUGCACACAUUGUGGAAUCUCGACAACCUCCUCAGAAGAAAAGGUUCCCAGUGUCUUCAGACGAACGUAAAAACUGCAGUAAAACCAUCAACAACAUAGCAAAAUGUUAUGCUGAGCCCUGGAAGAAGAAGGAUGAAAAUUACCAGAAGUUUAGUUCUCUGCUGAGCAGCAAUUGCCACGGGGCUGAAAAUGCCAUUGUUACCCAGAACAACACUCCACUGGGAUCGGUGAUUGUUUACAGUGGAGACCCAAACAAGACCAUUCAAGUGACAACUAAUUUGUUCAGUACUUUUCCAAAGGACCAUCCUCUCCCCAAAAAGAAAUGGGACACUUGCUCCGUGGUGGGGAACGGUGGGAUCCUGAUCAACAGCAAAUGUGGAAAACAAAUCGAUUCGGCUCAGUUUGUAAUCAGGUGCAACAUCCCACCUUUGGACAGUGAAUUGGAGAAAGACGUUGGCAAGAAGACUAACCUUGUGACAGCAAACCCGAGUAUCCUCGAAAAGAAGUUCUCCUCUCUGAACAACCAUCGUCAUCCAUUUGUGGAGAGUCUGCACCGCUUUGAAGACGCGGUGCUGCUCCUGCCAACCUUCGCCUUUGACUUUAACACUCAACUGUGUCAGCGGGCCGUCUAUGCCAUUGAAGACUUUGAUAGUGCCAUUAGACCUGUCUCCUUUAACCCUGAAUACAUAAGAAAUCUGUCCAUCUACUGGCGCUCCGAAGGCCUGAAGGAAGCUCGGCUCAGCACUGGCUUUAUAAUGGUUAGUCUGGCACUGGAACUGUGCAACAGCGUGGAUCUGUACGGAUUCUGGCCUUUCAGUGUCCACCCUCAUGACUGCCACCCCCUGACUAACCACUACUACGAUAACAAACCAUCUUCAAAGAGAUAUCACUCCAUGCCAGCCGAGUUCAAAUAUCUGCUGAAGAUGCAUAGUCAGGGCAUCCUCAGGAUUCACCUGGGAGAUUGUGAAGCAGAGAAGGAUAUGCCUGCAAAAAAAACAAAGAAAAGAAAGCACUGAUUGCCUUACUGACUCCACCUUUCAACAGAUGAAAUGUUUGCACUGUGAACUGAGUGGCAAAUGUUAUGAAAAGUUCUAUUGUAUAUCUAUUUAUUCACAUUCACACAUUUUCAGCUGGAACCUGGAAAAAUGUUACUUGGUGCUUUCUUGAGGAUCUCCAUCAUCUGUUUGCCUUUUUCAUUGAUUUCUGUUUGAUUAAACCAAUUAAAAAAAAACAAACUAAUCCAGUUUGUGGAGGUAACAUAUUUUCCCUGUUUCUGUGUUACGUUUCCUCAGGUUCUCUGUCUACCUCCCAUGAUUCGAAGACAUGUGACUCUAAAGUGAAUCAUGAAUGUCUGGAUGAUUGUUUAUUUAUUCAAUCUGAUAUGAACAAUUUGUUGAUGGGAUAGCAUCAUAAAACACCUGUUGUGUUUCAAUAACAUUCAUUUAUCAGUUCUUCAGUGGGUUUGUUCCAAGUCAGCCACUGUGCCUUUUCAAACUGCAAUGUGUUUUUAAUUAGUAAAUAUUCAGAGGAAGAUGUUUUUACUCAGUCUUCAUCUCUCACAGACAAAAAAAGGAAACCCGUGCGUCUUUUUUUAUUUUAUUUUAUGUUAUUUUAUUUUUUGUCCUUGAAUUCCUUCAUUACAGAAAAUAUUUUUUCCUGUUUUGAACUCUAGGAAUUUUUUAAGGAGGUCGCCCUCUGGUGGCCACGGAUUUAACUACAGAACAGCGCAACCUGUCUGGCAGGUGUUUUCCUUCUCUGUAAGUAGGAAUAAGUGUAAGUUGUAGACAUAAGAUUUGUAGUUGAAGAUCUACAGUAGAAGUCUUUUCUACAUUUCUACAAGCUGCCGCUUGAGAUUUUUUUUUUGUAAUGAAAAUCUUUCCUCAAAGAGUACUAAGACUGUUAACUGUUAAGUCAAAAGGUGAUGACUGUUUUUCAGUAAUAAAAUGUUAAAAUGAAAUUGUAAUAAAUUCUGUUAGCUGCUGUUU